AUGUCAACCACAACUACAUCUACGCCAUCCAGUGUUGUCAGCGCUGUUCAAAGUGCUACCACUACAUCUGCUGAUAUUGAUAACAACUGCUGGGGUCUCUCGUGUUCCUCCCACUGGGAAUGGGCACGGUGGGUAAUAUUCGUUAUAUUCAUGUUCAUCUUACUGGCAUUUGUCAUCACUACGAUAAGAAUAAACUAUAUAAGAAGGCGUAACGGACAACAACCACUUCGAUACGUGUCAUGGCUCACUCCGCCCACAUACCGACAAUCAGAAGCUGUAAGAAAUAGAUCAGAUGUCCCAUUGGCAGAUUACGUGCCUCCGUACACAGAAGAAGCAAAUGAAAACGAUUUGGGUUACUACGAUCGUGAUGGGAUAUUCCACGUGAACAGUAAAGCCGACCCUCCACCACCGAUAGAUGCGUAUGUGCUAGAGCAUCGAAACGAUAGGGAUACGGAUAUGAUAGAUUUGGAAAUGCAACGGACCACGGCUACGGCCCAGCAAUUGCCGGCAUAUAAUGAUGUACCUGAAUCGGAGACUGUAGAAGCCUCUCGACAAAACCCUGAAUCAGCCCAACAACGACGGUCAUCAUCUGUGUCAACACUAAUCCCUGAAGCACCGGCUGCUACAAAUCUCCGGUGA